CCUCACGCUCUUCUCUCUCUCCCUCGCUCUCUCUCUACAAGUACCUGAAACUCUCUCUUUCCCGAGAAAGUUGCACCAGAACCCUUCGUCGCCCAUCGCUCGUAUCGGAGUACUUGCGUGUGGAAGAAGAGAGAGAAUGGUCAAAGAGGGAGAUCAGAGCGUGACCCUCGGUCUUCUGAAGCAGAAGAUGGCCGACUUCGCCAGGGAGAGAAACUGGGAUCAGUUUCACAGCCCCAGAAACCUCCUCUUGGCUCUGGUGGGUGAAGUCGGAGAGCUGUCGGAGAUAUUCCAGUGGAAAGGGGAGGUUCCUAAGGGACUUCCGGAUUGGAAAGAGGAGGAGCGGGUGCACUUGGGCGAGGAGCUCUCGGACGUGCUGCUCUACCUGGUUCAGCUCUCCGAUGCCUGCGGCAUCGACUUGGGCCGAGCCGCCCUCCGCAAGGUCGAGCUCAACGCCCUCAAGUACCCCGUCUCUCUCUCCAAACUGGCCUCCACCAAGAAUCAAGAAGUCAUCACCGCCAAAACCCUCGUCGACAAUGGUGAUGCUACUGGCGCUGUUGUGGCUGAGAGUGGUUGAUCAUCUUAGCUUCUUUGCCUUUUUUAUCCAAAUAAUAGUCUAUUUGCAACUUUCGCGCAACAGAAUCAGACUCUUUGCUUUGUAAUUUGCGUCGAAUGUCGCAAGAAGUGGCUUAACUUUAACA